AUGGAGUCAAGGUUAAUCCUGCUCCUUCUGCACCUGCUGCUGCUCCUCACGGUAGCCCAACGCUCUCUAGGAGCCCUGGCGCCCAAGGACAGCAGCAGCGCUGCCAGCGCCAUGUUGGGCGGAGGCGUGAGCCUGUCCAGCGAUUAUACAUCCCUGUUGGCAGCCGCACUUCCGGUUGCCUCGUCGCCGGCUCCGGCGCACAGUGGACCCGUGAAUCAGUGCAGCUGGACGUAUAACGGGAGCAGUGGGGUGCAUUGUGCCCUGAGGCUGAUUGAGAGGCAGCCGGGAUUGGAUUUACAGGGUGCCGAUGGCAGCAGCCAGUUGACCAUCAAAUGCAGCGAUCUCUAUCUCUUUGAGUCCACACUGCCCAUCGCCGUCUUUGCCCGUCUCCAGACUCUGGACACGCUUCGCUUGGAGUCGUGCAAACUGCUGCAGUUGCCGAACAAUGCCUUUGAGGGAUUGACCACACUGAAAUCCCUCAAGCUGAGCACACGGAAUGCCGAAUGGGGUCCGGCCAAGGCGUUGGAGCUCUAUCCGGAUUCCUUGAAUGGCCUAAAGCAGCUGACGGAACUCGAUCUGAGUGAUAAUAAUCUGCGGGCUCUGCCCGCCGGAUUCCUCUGUCCAGUGGGCAAUUUGCAGUCCCUGAAUCUGACAAGGAAUCGGAUUAGGACGGCAGAGCAAUUGGGAUUCGCGGACAUGAAUUGCAGCGGAGCAGCCGGAAGUGGAAGUGAGUUGCAGUUUCUCGAUGCGAGUCACAAUGAGCUCAGGUCCAUCACAGAGACUUGGGGCAUCUCCAGGUUGCGGCGCCUGCAACAUUUGAAUCUGCAGCACAACAACAUCUCGGAGCUAUCUGGAGAGGCUCUGGCGGGAUUGGCAUCCCUGAGGAUUGUCAACCUGAGCAACAAUCACCUGGAGACGCUGCCCGAGGGUCUCUUUGCCGGGAGCAAGGAACUCCGGGAGAUUCAUCUGCAGAACAACGAGUUGUAUGAGCUGCCCAAGGGUCUGUUCCAUCGUCUGGAGCAGCUGCUGGUCGUGGAUCUCUCCGGGAAUCAGCUGACCUCGAAUCACGUGGACAACACCACAUUCGCCGGCCUCAUCCGUCUGAUUGUGUUGAAUCUGGCUCACAAUGCACUCACCCGGAUCGAUUAUCGCACCUUCAAGGAGUUGUACUUCCUGCAGAUCCUGAAUCUGCGCAACAAUUCCAUUGGCCACAUCGAGGACAAUGCCUUUCUGCCCCUCUACAAUCUGCACACUCUGAAUCUCGCCGAGAAUCGACUCCACACGCUGGAUGACAAGCUCUUCAACGGACUCUACGUGUUGUCCAAGCUCACCUUGAACAAUAAUCUGAUAAGUGUUGUGGAACCGGCUGUGUUCAAGAACUGUUCCGACCUCAAGGAGCUGGAUCUCAGCUCGAACCAGUUGAACGAGGUGCCACGGGCCUUGCAGGAUUUGGCCAUGUUGCGUACUCUCGAUCUGGGCGAGAAUCAGAUACGCACCUUCGACAAUCAGAGCUUCAAGAAUCUGCAUCAGUUGACGGGACUGCGACUCAUCGAUAACCAGAUUGGCAACAUCACCGUGGGCAUGUUCGCCGAUCUGCCCCGGCUGAGUGUCCUGAAUCUGGCCAAGAAUCGCAUCCAGAGCAUUGAGCGAGGAGCCUUCGAUAAGAACUACGAGCUGGAGGCGAUUCGCUUGGAUCGCAACUUUCUCUCGGACAUCAAUGGAGUCUUUGCCACAUUGGUUUCACUGCUCUGGUUGAAUCUCUCGGAGAAUCAUCUGGUGUGGUUCGACUACGCCUUCAUUCCCUCCAAUCUCAAGUGGCUGGACAUACACGGCAAUUAUAUUGAAGCUUUGGGCAACUACUACAAAUUGCAGGAGGAGAUUAGGGUCAAGACUCUGGAUGCCAGUCACAAUCGCAUUACAGAGAUUGGUCCCAUGUCCAUACCAAACACCAUUGAGCUGCUCUUCAUCAACAACAAUCUCAUAGGCAAUGUUCUGCCCAAUGCCUUUGUGGACAAGUCCAAUCUGGCCCGUGUCGAUCUCUAUGCGAAUCAGCUGAGCAAGUUGCAACUGCAACAGCUGCGCAUUGCUCCCGUGGUGGCACCAAAGCCACUGCCGGAGUUCUAUCUAGGCGGGAAUCCCUUUGAGUGUGACUGCACCAUGGAUUGGCUGCAAAGGAUCAAUAAUCUGACGACUAGGCAGCAUCCUCGCGUCAUGGACAUGCCCAACAUUGAGUGCGUCAUGCCACAUGCUCGUGGUGCUGCAGUGCGUCCACUCAGUGCUCUGCGUCCCCAGGAUUUCCUCUGUCGCUACGAGUCGCAUUGUUUCGCCUUGUGUCAUUGCUGUGACUUUGACGCCUGCGAUUGCGAGAUGACGUGUCCACACAACUGCACCUGUUACCACGAUCAGAUCUGGUCAACGAACGUCGUCGAUUGUGGCAAUCAGUUGACCAUGGAGCUGCCACGUCGUGUUCCCAUGGACUCUAGCAUCGUUUAUUUGGAUGGCAACAAUUUUCCCGUGUUGAAGAAUCACGCAUUUAUCGGGCGGAAGAAUCUGAAAGCUCUCUAUGUGAAUGGCAGUCAGGUGGCAUCCAUACAGAAUCGCACAUUCGCCAGUCUGGCAACGCUGCAGCUGCUGCAACUGUCCGACAAUCGUCUUCAGACCUUGCACGGUUACGAGUUUGAGCAACUUUCGGCCUUGAAGGAACUUUACCUGCACAAUAAUCAGCUGGAGAACAUUGAGAACGGAACUUUGGCGCCUCUGGUCUCCUUGGAGCUGCUGCGUCUCGACGGCAAUCGUCUGGUCACACUGCCCAUCUGGCAGCUGCAUGCCACACACUUUGGCCAGCGAUUGCGGGCUAUUUCCCUGGGCCGGAAUCAAUGGAGUUGCCGCUGUCAGUUUCUCCAGGCUCUCACCUCCUACGUGGCGGACAAUGCGCUGAUUGUCCAGGAUGCCCAGGACAUCUACUGCAUGUCCUCCGCCGCUGGUCAUCAGAACACGCCCUACGAGUCUGGCUCCUCCUCGUCACCACAGAAGCGCGAACUGGACUUCAAUUCGACGGGAGCCGCUUGCACGGAUUACUAUUCCGGCGGAUCGAUGCUGCAACACGGCAUACCCGAGUCCUAUAUACCCUUGCUGGCAGCUGCCUUGGCCCUCGUCUUCCUACUGGUCGUCGUCAUCAUUGUGUUCGUCUUUCGGGAGUCCCUGAGGAUCUGGCUCUUUGCCCAUUACGGCGUACGGGUUUUCGGUCCUCGCUGCGAGGAGUCGGAAAAACUCUACGACGCCCUGUUGCUGCACUCGGCCAAGGACUCGGAGUUUGUGUGCCAGCACCUGGCCAGUGAGCUGGAGACGGGUCGUCCGGCGCUGCGAGUGUGCUUGCAACAUCGUGACCUGGCCCACGAUGCCACGCACUAUCAACUGUUGGAGGCGAGUCGCGUCUCCAGGCGUGUCGUCAUCUUGUUGACCCGCAACUUUCUGCAGACGGAAUGGUCACGUUGUGAGCUGCGCAGAUCCGUGCACGAUGCACUGAGGGGCAGGCCACAGAAGCUGGUCAUCAUCGAGGAGCCGGAGGUGGCCUUUGAGGCGGAGAGCGACAUUGAGUUGUUGCCGUAUCUAAAGACGUCCGCCGUGCACCGCAUUCGUCGCACCGAUCGCCAUUUCUGGGAGAAACUGCGCUAUGCUCUGCCUGUGGAUUAUCCCACCUAUCGGGGCAAUAACUACACCCUCGAACUGGAUCACAAUCAUGAGCGCAUCAAGCAGCCAGCGAGUCCCGGACUCCUGUAUCGCCAGGCGCCUCCUCCAGCCUAUUGUGGUCCUGCUGAAGCGUCAGCUGCCACAGCUGCCACAUCUGCCACAGCUGCCACAGUUGCCGAGCAGAACUAUUCAACGGCUACGACAGCCACGCCCAGUCCCAGGCCACAGCGGCGGGAGGCGGCAGGAGGAGGUCUCCAAGUGGGAGGGGGACCACAUCAUUUGCACGCGCAGUAUUAUCAACACCAUGGUGGCAUGCGUCCUCCCUCGGAGCACAUCUACUCGAGCAUCGACUCGGACUACUCCACGCUGGACAAUGAGCAGCAUAUGCUGAUGAUGCCGCCGCCAGGUGGCGCCACACUCGACGCCCAGCAGCAGCAACGGGCACAGACCUGGCGACCACAGCCAAAGCAACAACUGCAACAGCAACAACAGCAACAACAACAACAUGCAACACUCUCAGUGGUCAAGUCGAAUCCUCAGCAGCAACAACAACAACAACAACAGGCGAGUGUUUCGGGGCAACAACAAGGUCCACAUGUGCAGGCAUAUCUCGUAUAGAGCAGAGCGAGACAGCAACAGCUACAAGUGGGCUAAGAGCAAAAGAGAGGGAGAGAGAGAAGAGAAGAGAAAGAAGAAGUUGAAGAGUCUGUGUUGACAGUGAUUUCUUUAGGGACUGGUUCCUGUACAUCAUUUUAAUUACUAAAAUAUGUGCGAGUUAAAUUAAGAGAAAGAGAUAGCGAUAGUGAGAGUUAAAUAGAAAGAGAGAGAGAGGAAGAGAGAGAAGAGCAGUGUUAGUGUUAGAGUUGGACAGAAAAGCAAUGCUAAUGUGUUGCAAGUUGAGUUAAAAUCACAGCAUAGAACCCCAACACAAAAAAGGGGUGCCCUUUUUCCCCCCUACACUUCCCUCCUCCCCCAACUGCUACACUGCAGGAAGUGUGCGCAGCGUAACAAAUAUUUUGUUAGUCAGUGUAAAGUCAUUUUAGUUGCACUAAACAAACAUAAAUCCAAGUACAUUAAACACACAGACACAGACAGAAGCACACUUGAGAUACAGCUAAAAGAUACAAGAUACAAGAUACAAUUGCAGUUGCAUUUUGUUGAACGUGUGUGUGUGUGUGUGUGUUUGUUGUAUUUAUGUAACAAGUCGCAUGUGUAACAUGACUUGUGUGGGGCAGAAAGACAGAGCGAGAGAGAAACAAUGAGUGAGAGAGGGAGAGGGGAGUCGAGACCCCUAACAAUGUCAAGCUGCAAAGUUUUCUAAAGUUACCAGUCGAGUGGAACUUUUGUUUCUUGUGGUUAUUCUGCCUUCAGCCUCACCCUAAACUCAUUCAUUUUCAUUUUCUCAUUUUCUUAGUUGAAAAUGCGUUUAGAGCAUUUCUCUGAUAACUUUUUAAUAUGCUUUUAAUCAGUUGAGGCCAAGCAACAACUACAAAAACAAACAAGCUUAAGAUUUAUGAACUAAGAACUUUUAACUCAGAUUUUGUAUCUUAGACAUGUGACAGGAAAAUCUAAAGCAACAGUAAGAUUCAUUUUUAUUUGUUUGUUUUAUGUUUUAAAUAAUUUAAAUCAAAUCAAAUAAAUAUUGCAGUUAUUACAAAACUCCUAAAGUAAUUUUCUAACAUUUCUUUGAAGUCUGGCCACACUGGCAUUGCUCUGCUCUCUGAUCUGCUCUCUCCCUGCUUGCCCUUUUGUAAAUAGAAAAAAAAAACUUGAUAUGCCUAAAAUAGAGUUAUGCCUAGGUGAUAAGAAAAUGCCACUGCAAAUACGUAGUCUCCUACAAUUAAUUCAAUAAUCACAUUCAAAACA